AGUUUUUGCACAAGUGUUCCAAAUGUCAGGUGAAGCAUCUAGUAGUAAUGAAAAGGACCUUAAGUUCUUGCGCAUAGCGCUCGAGGUUGCAGCGCGGUCUCGCAAGAAUGGCAACCAUCCCUUUGGUGCUAUCAUUGUAGAUGAGAAUGAUAACAUACUUUGUGAGGGUGAGAAUACUGUGGUUACGGGAAAGGAUUGUACAGGACAUGCCGAAACCAAUGUGAUGCGUAAAGCGACAAAUCAAUACACACCUGAGGAACUAGAGAAGUCUACACUAUACACGUCGACAGAGCCGUGUGCGAUGUGCGCGGGUGCUAUUCACUGGGGUCGUAUGGGCAGGAUGGUGUAUGCGCUAUCAGAAAGCGGUCUCUACGACGGUAUCGGGGCACAAGAUCCCAUCCACAUUCUUCGGCUACCGUGCAGAGAUGUGUUUGCGUGCAGUGACAGGAAAUUCGAGGUGGCUGGGCCUUUCAUUCAGGAUGAGGGAUGGACUGUGCACGAGGGAUUCUGGAACUGAACAGUUGAAGAUAUGGAUAGAGUGUGGUACCGUCGCGGCUAUUUUAAUCGUAGUCUGUAUAUUUGAACUACUUCUGACUGGAGACACCAGGGAUCACCACUAUUUUAAGGCCGAUUAAGUAUGUUGUGGAUUUCAUUUUUGCGUCACAACUGCAAUUCUCAACCAAUAUCUAUAUUGAAGAAGGUAUCGACGCCGUUGGCCUUUGAUCUCUGGGUGGCUAUAGGCAGAGUAUAAUAAUUUGCGUAGCAAGAACUACACGGCUCAAAACAAAUCAAAUACGUUAAGGACAAAGCGUAUUUUUUUUUAAUUCGUUCUGUGAUUUGUCAACCUUGAGAUUAUCCACCCAAAUCUCGAGGUUGGUGGCCACUACAUACCAGCAUACCAGCAAAUUUCAUAUGGUGCAACCACUCAGUCCCUACCCGCAGCAUGCGGUGUGUCAAUAAUCUUAUCGCUCUCGUCCGUCGUAGUUCAUAAUCUGUGAAACAAUACGGUCAGAAUCUGUAUAAUUUUUUGUUCCGAACCAGCAUUAGCUGGAUUAGUGAUUAUUCUAGGGAGCAUGUAGACAGAGGUGAAAGUAAAAACCUGUCGUUUAGUCUUUUCGGCCUUAGCGCGCUUGGCAAUAGAUGCCUUUCUACACUCGACAAGCAAAAGAAAACAUUCAAUAAGGAUAUAUGGACAUUAAAGAAUUGAAUUGACUUGCUAGGUCAGUCACUUUUAUUAAUAAUCUUUCACAAAGACUACGCUUUUUAUUUUUAAUGUUUUUUAAAAUAAAAAA